AACCCACUUGGCCCUGUCAGUGCAGUGAAGACCACUUCCUGAGCCAGGGUUCGAGAUGGUUUCGUCAUUAUGGCUGGCGGGGACACUCUGCUGUCUGACGCUGCUCCCAGACCUCCUGGAGGCCAAAUCUUUGUUAAACACCAUCAAGCAGGAAGAGAUGGUACCUGUCAGUAACGUUGGUAUUGACUCAGAGAAAGCAAACGCCUUUCUGACUCACUCCAGACCGAAGCGUAACGCAGACCCCAGGUGGUACAGAGGAAACCCAGACUUCCAGGCUUACUACCGCUACUACAGCAGCAUCGGACACACUGAGGGGCUCUAUGAGAUCGACAAGCUGCGGAUGCUCUACCAGCAGAUGAGGUACCUGGAGCACACCUACGGCCCCAACGCCUCCUAUUUCCAGAGCAAACUGGGCGUGCCGAUGAUCAUGUGCGACCCAGCCACAGACAAGAAGUGCAAAGUCGUUUCUCCUCCUCCUCCACCUCCGAUGAAAGGAGUCCCAAAGCCCACAGAGCCCCCAGCGACCCCUCCUCCUCUCCCUCCUGCUCCAUCCAUCUCCCAGGCUGACGUGCUCUACCUGUGCAACAAGAAAGACCCCCUCUGUAAGCCCCACAUCGUCUACAUGCCCACUGGCUCCGUGCCUGUGCUCUGCGACCCCCGCUACCACCCCCACUGCACCCCUCAGAAAGCUCCAGCUCCCGUCGCAGUGCCCCAACUUCCUCCCCCUCCACCAAAGAAGUCCGCUCCGCCUCCACCUCCACCGGUCCUUGUCAAGAAGACUGUCCCAGUCCCCAUCCGCACCUUCAAGGGCAUGGAGUACGACUGUGACCCCUACUGGGACCCCGACUGCCUGAUUGACCACCCACCCAGGCCCAUGAAGGGGAAGGUGGUGGUCCCCCCGCCACCGCCACCACCCCCUCCUGUGGAGGAGGAAAAGGAAGAGGAACCAGUGGAGGAGCCAGCUCCCCCUGCUCCCCCCAUCGAGAAGAAAAAAACCCUCGGCUACCCUUACCCUUACUUUUACCCUGUGCCCUACGACCCCCGGGAUGAUCUGUACGACCCGGUCCGCUUCCAGUACCCACAGCCCGCUGCUGCCGCAGACGAGGCUGCAGAGUCAGGCCACAGUCAGUAAGACAUCAGGAUGUGUCGGUGGUAUUGUCACUUAAAUGAAACAGACUUGGAGUGAAAACAAGUUGAACAUUUUCGUAUUUUGAGGGAUUCUAACAUCUUGCAAAUGUCCUGUCAUGGAAUACAACCUGUACUACAGCAUUGACAAGUUGCAGUAUUUGUAUUAUAAACUUUAAUAAAUUGACAACUGUUUAUGUAUCACUGUCAAUAACUACAAAAAGGAGUUUUCAGUCAACACAAGCAUGUAAUGCAAAUGAUUUUUGACGAAUGAGCUAAUAAAGUGUCACAAAACAGUU